CUCAGUGCAUUGUGAUACAUCGUGGCCGGUUGAACGUGUGUUUUCGUGGGCAGCAAAGGCAAGCUAGCUGCUUGACAUUCCGCAGGUUCAAGAUGUUGAACACCUUUUCCGUGCUUUCACCACAUCUUAAGUUUAAGUAUAAGUUUGUGACGAUCGACAAUUUGGCGUUCAAGUUCCAUUAUCGGGCCACUUUCAUCAUGCUGCUGGUGUGCACAGUGCUCGUCACUUCAAGACAAUAUAUCGGCGAGCAUAUCCGGUGCAUAACCGGAGGUUCCAUACCAGAGCACGUAAUCAAUACAUUUUGCUUCUUCACGACCACCUUCACCGUGAUCCGGCACUACAAUGAGACGUUACUGCAGCAAGGUCAACUACCUCAUCCGGGCGUUGGACCAAUGUACGGUGAAGAUACGACGAAGCGCCAUGCGUACUAUCAAUGGGUGCCCUUCAUUCUCUUCCUGCAAGCACUGACAUUCUACGCACCACAUAAAAUAUGGCGCGCAUACGAGGGUGGCCGACUGAAAAAGCUGGUCGAUGGGCUACACAUGGCGCACCUGAGCGAGCAUUAUAGGGCACAGCAAAACGUUUCCUUCGCCACGCGCCACACUCUUUUGACGCGCGACGCGGUCGAUGCGAAGCUGAACGUUGUGAAACGAGAGUUCUUCAAGCAUGUGCAGAUCCACGGGAACUGGGCGUGGAAGUUAUGCUGUUGCGAGGUCCUGAACCUGGUCAACUGCCUCGUACAGAUGAUCUUCACGCAUCUGUUUCUCGGGCGCCAGUUCUGGAAUCUGGGACCGCGGUUUUUGGCAGAAGACUUCGAGGGCACCAUGGACAUACUGGAUACCGUGUUCCCGAAGGUGACCAAGUGCCACUUUUACAAGUACGGCCCAACGGGAUCGAUUCAGAAGCAUGACGCGCUGUGCGUGAUGGCGUUGAAUGUGAUAAACGAAAAAAUUUUCACCUUCCUGUGGUUCUGGUACGUAGUGCUGCUGACGAUCUCCGUUCUGGCACUUUUAUGGCGAUUGAUUACGAUACUGCUCCACAACAGGUGGACUAAGCUUACCGCGGCUAUCCUGUCGUUCGCUAGCCCUGGCCGGCUGAACCCACAGGACGUAGAGUUCGUGACGUACAAUUUGGGUUUCUCGCAGUGGCUCUUCCUGUACUAUCUGGCCAAGAAUAUGGAUGGACACCUGUUUCGGAAGGUUUUGCGCAACAUCAUUGACGAGCUGCGGAGUCCUUCGGAACCGAGCGAACUGGGGAUCGAUACGGUCGAUGGGGGGUUCGAUGUAGAUGAUGAUCUACUCUCAAACCAAGCGCCGCUCAGGAAGGAUGGACGCUUCCGAUACGAAAGUGAAGCGAAAAAGGCGUAGCUAUCGUAUGGUAUUAUUUUAUGAUAACUGGACAAUUUUAUGAAUAAGUUAAGUUAAGUUAAUAAAUUUCAGGGAUAUUUUAUUUCAAA